AUGUUGCCUGAAGAAUUAAUCAACCUGACGCCACGUCUGUUGGCCGCCAUCGUCGUCGGUUAUCUGUUGGGCAGCAUCCCCUUCGCGUACCUCGUGGCACGCCUCAAGGGUGUGGAUAUCUUCGCUACCGGUAGUCGUCGCGCCGGUACUGCAAACGUCUUCUGGCACGUCGGACGAUACCGAGGAAUGCUCGUGUUCGCCGGCGAUGUGAUCAAAGGCUCCGCGGCGGUCGUGGUCGCCUGGAUGCUGGGUGUGCCCGAACUGAUGGGGGUCCUCGCCGGCAGUGCAGCGAUCGCCGGCCAUUGGAAGAGUAUCUUUACCGGUUUCAAGGGCGGCGACGGUAUGGUGGUUCUGGUCGGAGUAACCGUCGCAUACCUUAGUUGGUUCAUGCUGGUCGGUAUCGCCGCUGGUAUGGUGGCUGUGAUACUGUUCCGUCGCUCUCCCUUUCGUUCCUCUUUGGGGAUCAUCUGGUCCUUCGCCUCCCUACUGGCGUUUAACACCCUGUACGGCGCCGAUUGGGCAGUUAUGCUGAGCCUGACGGCGUUGGCUCUGGUGGUCAUUACCCACAACAUCCUCACCCAUGCCGACCAUCGCCCCGAUACCGUCCUGGCUAUUAUCGACGAUGACCUGCUGAUGGAUGCCACGCCCGAUAUCCUGAACGAAGUCGCCAGGCUCAACGAGGACCAAAUCCUCAAUCAGAUAAUACCGCCGGACGAAAAAAGCGGCGACGCCGUCUGUUGA